CUCUCAACACAACAACAACGCAACACAAGAACACCAUGAACUCUUCUUUUCCUCUCUUCAUCUUUACCGUCGUUAUCUUUAUCCGAUGUCUAAAUCCCACCGGAGCUGCCACAUGUCAUCCUGAUGAUGAAGCCGGUCUACUCGCUUUCAAAGCCGGUAUAACCCGAGACCCUUCCGGUAUCCUCAGCACGUGGAAGAAAGGUACUCCUUGUUGUUCUUGGAACGGUGUCACUUGUCUCACCACCGACCGCGUCUCCGCACUCUCUGUCAGCGGACAAGCGGAUGUUGCCGGGAGCUUUCUUUCCGGUACUCUCUCGCCGUCACUAGCCAAACUUAAAUACCUCGAUGGUAUUUACUUCAUGAAUCUCAAGAACAUCACUGGUUCAUUUCCUCAAUUCCUUUUCCAAUUACCAAAUCUAAAGUACGUUUACAUCGAGAAUAACCGUGUCUCCGGUCCUCUCCCGGUUAACAUCGGUUCGCUAAGCCAGUUCGAAGCGUUUAGUCUCGCGGGAAAUCGGUUCACCGGUCCGAUACCAAGUUCGAUAUCUAAUUUGACUCGGUUAACUCAGCUCAAUCUCGGCAAUAAUCUCCUAACAGGAACUAUACCGUUAGGGGUUGCUAACCUCAAGCUCAUGUCGUUUCUCAACUUCGGUGGCAACCGUCUCUCUGGCACUAUCCCGGAUAUUUUUAAAUCAAUGCCGGAGCUCCGAUCUCUCAUUCUCUCCCGCAACGGAUUCACCGGGAAUCUUCCACCGUCGAUUGCAUCGCUCUCACCGAUUCUUAGGUUCCUUGAGUUAGGCCAUAACAAACUCUCCGGGAAGAUCCCAAACUUUUUAUCAAACUUCAAGGCUCUCGACACAUUGGAUCUCUCCAAGAAUCGGUUUACGGGUGUCUUACCAAAGAGUUUCGCCAAUCUAACCAAAAUCUUCAAUCUUGAUCUCUCCCAUAAUCUUCUAACCGAUCCAUUCCCUGUUUUGAACGUCAAAGGCAUUGAAUCUUUGGAUCUUUCUUACAACCAAUUUCAUCUCAACACCAUUCCAAAAUGGGUGACUUCGUCGCCGAUCAUUUUCUCUUUGAAGCUAGCAAAAUGCGGGAUCAAGAUGAGCUUAGAUGACUGGAAGCCAGCACAAACAUACUACUACGAUUUCAUCGAUCUGUCGGAAAACGAAAUCUCCGGAAGUCCAGCAAGGUUUUUGAACCAAACAGAGUAUCUGGUGGAGUUCAAGGCGUCGGGAAACAAACUCCGAUUCGAUAUGGGGAAGUUGACAUUCGCGAAGACGUUGAAAACCUUGGAUAUAUCAAGGAACUUGGUAUUUGGGAAGGUGCCAGCGGCGGUGGCUGGAUUAAAGACAUUGAACGUGAGUCAAAACCAUCUUUGCGGAAAGCUUCCAAUGACAAAGUUCCCAGCCAGCGCGUUUGCAGGCAACGACUGUCUUUGCGGCUCUCCACUAUCUCCUUGUAAAGCUUAAGCGGCAAGAAAACUACAACCGGUAUUUGGAUUUACGUUGACAAUUAAAGUUUAGCUCUAAAUAAGUUUUGUAUUAAUUAAAUAACAAAUAAAGUUGUUUUAAGAUAUGAAUAAGCUUCAUUUCAACGAUAUGUAUGUAUUAGUGAAAGUACUCAAAGUAGUAUUUAAGUUUUCAACACUUUUGUAUUAUUUUAUUUCGUGAACGUACUCAAAAGUAGUAGAAAAAUGAGAUAUGAAUGAACUCAA